CCAGAACACCUUCCACCAUGACCACCUCAGCAAGUUCCCACUUAAAUAAAGGCAUCAAGCAGGUGUACAUGUCCCUGCCUCAGGGUGAGAAAGUCCAGGCCAUGUAUAUCUGGAUCGAUGGUACUGGAGAAGGACUGCGCUGCAAGACCCGGACCCUGGACAGUGAGCCCAAGUGUGUGGAAGAGUUGCCUGAGUGGAAUUUCGAUGGCUCUAGUACUUUACAGUCUGAAGGUUCCAACAGUGACAUGUAUCUCGUGCCUGCUGCCAUGUUUCGGGACCCCUUCCGUAAGGACCCGAACAAGCUGGUGUUGUGUGAAGUUUUCAAGUACAAUCGAAGGCCUGCAGAGACCAAUUUGAGGCACACCUGUAAACGGAUAAUGGACAUGGUGAGCAACCAGCACCCCUGGUUUGGCAUGGAGCAGGAAUAUACCCUCAUGGGGACAGAUGGGCACCCCUUUGGUUGGCCUUCCAACGGCUUCCCGGGGCCCCAGGGUCCAUAUUACUGUGGUGUGGGAGCAGACAGAGCCUAUGGCAGGGACAUCGUGGAGGCCCAUUACCGGGCCUGCUUGUAUGCUGGAGUCAAGAUUGCGGGAACUAAUGCCGAGGUCAUGCCUGCCCAGUGGGAAUUUCAAAUUGGACCUUGUGAAGGAAUCAGCAUGGGAGAUCAUCUCUGGGUGGCCCGUUUCAUCUUGCAUCGUGUGUGUGAAGACUUUGGAGUGAUAGCAACCUUUGAUCCUAAACCCAUUCCUGGGAACUGGAAUGGUGCAGGCUGCCAUACCAACUUCAGCACCAAGGCCAUGCGGGAGGAGAAUGGUCUGAAGUACAUCGAGGAGGCCAUUGAGAAACUAAGCAAGCGGCACCAGUACCACAUCCGCGCCUAUGAUCCCAAGGGAGGCCUGGACAAUGCCCGACGCCUAACUGGAUUCCAUGAAACCUCCAACAUCAACGACUUUUCUGCUGGUGUAGCCAAUCGUAGCGCCAGCAUACGCAUUCCCCGGACUGUUGGCCAGGAGAAGAAGGGUUACUUUGAAGACCGUCGCCCCUCUGCCAACUGUGACCCCUUUUCGGUGACAGAAGCCCUCAUCCGCACGUGUCUUCUCAAUGAAACCGGCGAUGAGCCCUUCCAGUACAAAAACUAAGUGGACUAGACUUCUAGCUGUCAAGCCCCUCCUAGUUCUUCAUCCCACUCCAACUCUUCCCCCUCUCCCAGUUGUCCCAAUUGUAACUCAAAGGGUGGAAUAUUAAGGUCGUUUUUCUCAUUCCUUGUGCCCAGUUAAUCUUGCUUUCUUUGUUUGGCUGGGAUAGAGAUGGGUCAAGUUAUUAAUUUCUUCACACCUACCCUCCUUUUUUUCCCUAUCACUGAAGCUUUUUAGUGCAUUAGUGGGGAAGAGGGUGGGGAAACAUAACCACUGCUUCCAUUUAAUGGGGUGCACCUGUCCAAUAGGCAUAGCUAUCCGGACAGAACACGUUUGCAGGAGGGGGACUUUUCUUCGAGGUAGCUGAAAGGGGAAGACCUGACUUCCUCUGGUUAGGUUAGGACUUGCCCUUGUGGUGGAAACUUUUCUUAAGAAGUUAUAACCAACUUUUCUAUUAAAAGUGGGAAUUAGGAGAGAAGGUAGGGGUUGGGAAUCAGAGAGAAUGGCUUUGGUCUCUUGCUUGUGGGACUAGCCUGGCUUGGGACUAAAUGCCCUGCUCUGAACACGAAGCUCAGCAUAAACUGAUGGAUAUCCCUACCUUGAAAGAAGAAAAGGUUCAUGUUGCUUGGUCCUUGAUUUAUCACACAAAGCAGAAUAGUAUUUUUAUAUUUAAAUGUAAAGACAAAAAAUUAUAUGUAUGGUUUUGUGGAUUAUGUGUGUUUUGCUAAAGGAAAAAACCAUCCAGGUCACGGGGCACCAGAUUUGUGACGAAUAGUCCGGAUUAGAAACCAAGCAUCUCCUUUUGAGUAGGGAGUGAGGGAGGUGGUGCUUAGAAAGAUGGUGCUCUGGGGUUAGGUCCUCAUGACCACUUCUGGGUUUCUGCCCUGCCCACCCUCUGGAGAAGGUGGGCACUGGAUUAGUUAACACGUUUCUAGCAGUCACUUGAUCUCUGUGGCUUUGGUUUAAAAGACAGACACUUGUCCACAUGGGUUUAGAGAUAAGAGUUGGCUGGUCAACUUGAGCAUGUUACUGACAGAGGGGGUAUUGGGGUUAUUUUCUGGUAGGAACAGCAUGUCACUAAAGCAGGCCUUUUGAUAUUAAAUUUUUUAAAAAGCAAAAUUAUAGAAGUUUAGAUUUUAAUCAAAUUUAUAGGGUUUCUAGGUAAUUUUUACAGAAUUGCUUGUUUGCUUCAGCUGUCUCCUACCUCUGCUCUUGGAGGAGAUGGGGACAGGGCUGGAGUCAAAACACUUGUAAUUUUGUAUCCUGAUGUCUUUGUUAAGACUGCUGAGGAAUUAUUUUUUUUCUUUUAUAAUAAGAAAUAAACCCCACCUUUAUUCCUUCAUUUCAUCUACCGUUUUCUGGUUCUUAUGUUGGCUGUGGCAGGCCAGCUAUGGUUUUCUCUUGUCAUGACAACUUCUAAUUGGCAUGUACAGUAUGUUCAAAGUCAAAUAACUCCUCAUUGUAAACAAACUGUGUAACUGCCCAAAGGAGCACUUAUAAAUCAACCUAACAU